CUCAUUUGCACCCAUGUCCUCCUCGUCGUUGUUGCGCAGCGGCUUGAAACACAGGAUCCCUCGGAGAACCCAUGGGUUGACUCCAAUGCGCUCGCUUUCUUCUUCUCUGCCUCGUCUGGCGUUCAUGAAAACGGGUGCCACAUUCGCAACUGCAUCGACCGUCGUUCCGCCCAGACAUCUCGCGUCCAGCAGCAGGGCCGCCCCGUCGCAUACUCGAUCGAUGUUUAUACAGACGGAAACGACUCCAAAUGACGACUCCCUCAAAUUCAUUCCCGGUAUCACCGUCAUGGGCGAUGGAACGGCUGAGUUUCUCGACACUCGGUCGGCGCUCAGCUCUCCCCUUGCGAUCCGCCUGAUGGGCGUCGAGGGUGUAAAAGCCGUCUUCUACGGUCCCGACUUCGUCACUGUCUCCAAGGACUCGGAGAAUCCCUGGGCGGUGAUAAAGCCGGAGAUAUACUCUAUCCUGAUGGAGUUUUUCUCUUCCGGCCAAUCGUUGUUCCGCAGCCAGGAGGAUCGAGACAACGCGGGCCCUCAGGACACCAAAAUCCUGGACACAGAUUCAGAGACGGUUGCUAUGAUCAAGGAACUUCUCGAGACUCGUGUUCGGCCUGCCAUCAUGGAAGACGGAGGGGACAUUGAAUAUCGCGGAUUUGAUGAACAAGGAGAUGGUCUCGUCAAGGUCAAGCUAAAGGGUAGCUGCAGAGGUUGUGACUCGAGCACUGUUACGCUGAAGAGUGGCAUCGAGCGAAUGAUGAUGCAUUACAUCCCUGAAGUCAAAGGCGUCGAGCAGGUCCUGGAUCAGGAGGAGGAGAUUGCUCUCGACGAGUUUAACAAGUUAGAAAAGCGACUCAACACCAAACCUUCGAUGGCCGAUUACAUGUCGGUAUAAUUCUGUAUUUACCCUCCUGUAAUUAUAUCUGGCCGUAGACGCCGGCUUGACGCGAUGUGAAACACACACGUGAUAUGUGACACAGGCCCAUUAAGUCACGCUUGUAGUCAAAGCUUGAAGCUUGAAGCUCAAGACGCUUGAAACCAGAUCCUUAUAAUAAGAUAAACAUGACAUAAAUUAACAACACCUGUCCGACACCCUGUUCCCUGAUCCCCCAUUUGCAUUCAACCUCAGCCGUUCCUCAGCACCACCUUUCUGACGAUGCCUCGGCUGUGUAAUGGACGCCCUCGGAUUGUCCUCCCAGCCCAUCUCCGCCUCCCUCCUUUCGUACUGCACUAGCAGCCGCCGUGCAAUCCACCCGAAAACAUCGGACACACCGUCGCCAGUUCUUGCCGACACGCGGAAAUGGGCUGCACCCGACGCACCGACGUCGAGAUCGGCUUCCGUGAGCCACUGCGGGAUCUGACGCUCGUGCUCGCUGGGCUGUUUGCCUUUGCCGCGUUUGGGUGGCUGCGACACGGCGUCCAGGAGGCUGGUGACUGACGCCGACGCGGAGGUUGUCGGCGUGACCGCCGUGGGAGUGACUGCCGUUGUUGGAUGUCGUUUGGUUGAGGUCCCAUUUGCCCCGAAUGGGAAAUGCUGAGGAUAGGGCAGAGGGCUUAGCGCGGCUGACGACGGGCCGGCAUCCAAAGCCCGCUGGACAUCGGUCCGCGACGCAAAGGGAGAGGCGGACGUAUCGAUGGGCGAAGGAGAGACGGAAUUGUUCGCAUAAGCGUCCGCAGUUGUAACGAGAGACAGCGAAGACGAAGAUUUGGAGAAGCGUGCAGGGGUGAUUGUGACUUCGGAGGCACUCCGGGCACUCGGUGAGCGACGUCUAUGGGGAAAGAAUCCGUUCAUAUUGAGUGGGGCGACGGGUGAAUGCUCGUUGUACGAGUGGGCAGACGAGUGGGCGUAUGAAGAUCGAGCGGAGUGCCAGUAUUCGGACGCGCUGUCACUGAACACGGAUGACGACGGCGUGUGAUAGAUGGUGAGUGCGGAGGUAAUGGUUGAAGCACCGCCUCUCGAGUGAGAGCUUGCACGCGAAGUGGAGUGGUUGCGCGGUGUUGCUUUGGGGUGAAAGAAAGAAAGUUGCGAGGGAGACGUAUUGUUGCUAUAUGGCGAGAGAUGGGGGUGUCGCAAGAUGGAUAUUGGGUCUGCUGAUUGCGGGCGGGCAGUGAGCUGCGAUGAGGCCAGUGGGUCUUCUCCAUCAUCAUAGUCGCCGUCUGCGUCCUCCUCAUCUCCAGAAGUAACCGCGAGCGCUCCCAACGGCCUGGGUGUAUGCGGUGGCGUAUCCAACUGAGGUAUCAAUACCCUGACAAAUCUCACCCCUUGCGUCGGACUCACGACAUCCUCGUCCUCCCCAAGCCCAUCCAACAAAUCAGUCUUGUUCCCAACCACGGCCACACAGAAACCGCGCAGGUCUUCAUCUGCCACGGGGGCCUUGUCGCGGAACUCCGCCCACCACUUGCUCAACGCGUACAACGUGUCCGGGGUGGUAACGUCGUACAUGAGUAUCGCGGCGUCCGCGCCCCGGAAGAAAGCCGCCGCGAGGGAGGAGAAACGCUCUUGUCCCGCUGUGUCCCAUAUUUGGAGGGUAAUGGGUUC